AUGCACGUUGCUCGCUUUUUCUCGCGCAGAACGAAGAAAAAACCGGAGGAGCUCUGGUUGGGGCGCAGCCUGGAGGCGCUCUCGCAGCACACCAUAGAUGGCAGCACGGGCAGCCGCGGUCAGUCCGGCCACUCGUCGCCGUCCGUCAGCAGCCCCGCGAGGUCGCCCCCUGGUGGCUCGGAGAGCGGGGAUUCUGUCGUGGUUCCAAAGUCGCCGCGCACCCCGACCUGUCCCGUCAUAGGCAGCAUGGGACAUUCUAUCCAGCAUCGGUUUGUGAACGCCAUCGAGAUGCCGCCCUGCCCCUGCGACCACUGCGGGAAACCCGUCAUGUUCCGAGGAAAGCGCUGCAAGGAGUGCAAGCGCAAGUUCCACAAGCAGUGUGCGCUGCGGGCGACGCCCUCCUGCGGGCUGCCCGACGGACUAGUCAACCACUUCAAGCAGGUGCAGUUCUCCUUCUCGGGGGGCGAGGAGAACCCCUCCCCCGUCGCCGCCGCCUGCAGUCUCGCGGUGCUGCCACCCGUCGCCGGGCACGUUCGGCAAGGUCGUCACCAAGGACACCGCCCGACGGUGUCCGUCUCAGUUUCAGCAUUCCAGGAGCUGCUGAUGCUCUGCUGGUCGUACAAGGAGGAGGAGAGACCAGACUUCACGUGGCUGCAGAAGCAUCUGGAGAAGCUGCCGAAGAAGAGGCUCGCUCGCAGUCCCUCCCACCCCGUCAAGCUCUCCCGCAGCGCCGAAUCCGUGUUCUGA